AUGGGCCUCAACGACCAUUGGCGCAAGACCUUCGAGGCGCGCACCAAGGAGAAGGACAUGAAGAGGAAAUCUGCCUCGGCUUGGCUGAAGAAUGCUUCCGGCCCGCUGUUCCUGGAUGACAUGAAGUACUACCGGAUGCAGCUCGAGGGUGGCAAGGACCCACCGGGGAUAAGAACUGCCAUCGCCCUCUUUCGUCCCUUGUUUUUUGCUUCCGUCUUGGGUGUAGAACUGGGGAGGUGGCUAGGCUUCCUCGACGGAAUGGAUGACGUUGACUGGGACACUCCGCAGCCGCACAAGGUGCUGAUCUUCUGCCAGUACCAGGCGUGCAUGGAUCUCCUGGAGGAGUACUGCAAGUUCAGGGCCUACCGCUACAUGCGAAUGGAUGGAUCAACGAACCGCGUGCUGCGGGAGUUGGACAUGCGCGACUUCAAUGCUCCAGAUGAGGUCAGUGCACAUGUCCAUCCGCCGCAACAGGACAUCUUCAUCUACUUGAUCAGCACGCGAGCCGGCGGUCUGGGGGUCAACCUUGCCUCGGCUAACCACGUCGUCAUCUUUGAGCAGGACUGGAAUCCGCACGUGGACCACCAGGCGAUUGAUCGUGCGCACCGCAUCGGUCAGUCGAGACAGGUCCACAUCCAUCGCCCAAUUCAGGCUGGGCUCUGA